AUGUAUUCAGUUCAUUCUGGUCCUGUGUCUAGUCGUGGAGUUUCAGAAUAUAGUACUCCAACAGUAAUGUCCCAUGGAAAUCCAAUGAUUUCAACCCCUCAACAGUUUGUUCAGAGAGCAAACCCACUAAUGUGUUGUGCUCCACAAUCAACAAAUAUGAUACCUCAAAAACCUCCGAGUAGAAUGAUCAGUGCAGCAGCUUUGAAUGUAUCUCCAGUAAACCCACCUUCACGUUUUGCAACAGGCUCUAGUAUUUCACCAGCAGCAAUAAUGUCAACCCCUGAAAGGCAAGUAACAGAGCCACUUCAACACAGACAAACUUUUGUCUAUGGUGGAGCUGAAACAAUGGAACCUGAAGACUGUGGUUGGUUGGAACCGAUACGUUUAAAAGUACAUGCUAUGGAAGUACAACAAUACAUUGAUCCAGGAAAACCAGAAGUAACUCCUCCCUUUAUUUACAAUAUAGACCAUUUAAAGGAAUGUGUUGAAGUUCCAGAAAACUGGGCACCAGAAAGCAUAACAGGGGUAGCUGCUCUAACUUUUGAGAAUUUAAAUACAAAUCCCCCGAGUGUUAAUUAUCCUCUUAGACUCACAUCAGAGAACUCACAAGUUGGAACUUCUAAUCCAUAUAUACAACCAAUACAGUAUAAUAUUGAGAGAAUUAAAGAUAUUCAACAGUCGGAACCAUCUCUCUCUGAAGAACCCGAUGUAGUGGAAGAACUCGAGGAAUCUUCUCCAAAUAAUGGAUUUUCUGCUACUAACUUUAUCUCAUCUAUUUUUGAUAAAUUUAGAACUCAUACAACUCCAAUUCCUAUACCUGAAGAAGAGGAAGUAACUAACAAUGAUGAUAGUGAAGAAAGAAAGGAAGAUUACGUGGAUGGUGCAACAAAAGAAAUAAAUAAACAGGAAGUUGGAGAUGGUAAUAUUCGAAUUGAGGAGGCAUUACCACUGGACUAA